CGCGGAGCGGCAGAGAGGGGGCAGAGCAGGGGAGCAGGGGCAGCAGCAGAAGCAGCGGGCAGUGGAGCGAGCGAGCGGCGGGCGGCGCUGUGGCAGUUGGCCCAAGAUGGCGGAGCCGUGCUGGAUGGCUGGCGCCUCGGCGCGAGCUUGGCCCCUGGUCUGCGUUACAGUCGGCCCCGUCGCGACGUCGUGCCGCGAGUGCCAGUGAGCCGCCCCGCCGUCUCAGUCACACUCGCACGCAACUCGGCCGCGGGCUCUUUCGCUUACGCCUCUCUCUCGCUCUCGCUCUCUCUAUCUCUCUCUCUCUCCCUCGCUCUCGCACUCCGUCGCGCGCGUGGCUCGGCCUAAAACCAAAGCCAGCGUCAACAACGCCCCGCUGCAGCAGCAGCCGCCGCCGCCGACGAGCGCACUUGCCGGCUGGAGCUUGCGCGCGCCCCCCCGGCCAUCGCACGCAGCGCAGCGACACAGCUUUAGCAGGUGCAGGAGCGUCUUUGCCGGUGCGAAAUGAGCGUGGAAAUUUCAAGACGCCAUCGUAAUCGUCGUCAGCUCUGCAAGUCGAGGAGGGAGAGGACGGAAGGAGGCAUCAGGCACUGAGUUGGAAAACCAUCGACGCAUAAUAGAAAUUUGCCUCCCAACCUAUUUUUCGUCGCCUCUUUUUCAACAAGAAAAAAAAAGUCCGUCUUCGAUCAAUUCACAAUAAAGCUUCCGUGAGGCAAGUGCGAGGCGUCAAGAAGGAAGAAUUCCAGAGAGAGAGAGAGAGCAGCAGCAAUAUAAGAUGACAGCAAUGCCGGGAGUUGGUUACACGUCGAUCAAGGACUUUUAUCGGGAUCGCUCGAUUUUCAUCACUGGCGGCACCGGCUUCAUGGGCAAGGUCCUCGUCGAGAAGCUGCUCAGGUCAUGUCCUGGGAUCAAGAACAUCUACUUGCUCAUGAGGCCAAAACGCGGCCAAGGCGUCCAGCAAAGGCUUCAGGAAUUACUUAAUGCUCCACUGUUCGACAAAUUACGGCAAGACUGCCCGCACGAGCUAUUGAAGAUAGUGCCAGUGGCCGGCGACAUAACCGAGCCGGAAUUGGGGAUCUCGGAGGCGGAUCAAGACCUGCUGAUCCGCUGCGUAUCCGUGGUCUUCCACUCGGCUGCCACGGUGAAAUUCGACGAGGCACUCAAGCUCUCCGUCACCAUCAAUAUGCUCGGCACCAAACGCCUCGUACAGCUCUGCCAUCGCAUGCACAAUCUGGAGGCGCUGAUCCACGUGUCGACGGCGUACUGCAAUUGCGAUCGCAGGGACGUCGACGAGGUGAUCUAUCCGGCGCCCCACGACCCCGAGCAGAUAAUCUCGUGCACGACGUGGAUGGACGACAGCUUGGUGGAAGAGUUGACGCCCAAAUUGAUAGCCGGCCGACCCAACACCUAUACCUUCACCAAGGCCCUCGCCGAGAGCAUGCUCAUGCGUGAGAGCAACAGUCUGCCGCUGGCCAUUGUCAGGCCGUCCAUCGUGCUGUCGUCGUUGAAGGAGCCCGUGGCCGGAUGGGUCGACAACUGGAACGGGCCUACCGGCAUCAUCGCCGCCGUCGGCAAGGGCUUCUUCAGGACGAUGAUGUGCCACGAGGACAAGGUGGCGGAUCUGGUGCCGGUGGACAUCGUCAUUAACCUGAUGAUCGUGGCGGCGUGGCGGACGGCGCUGCACCGCACCGAGAGCAUCAGCGUCUACAACUGCAGCACCGGCCGGCAGAAUCCCAUCACUUGGAAGCACUUCGUCGACCUGUCGUUCAAGUACAGUCGCAUGCACCCGACGAACGGAGCCCUCUGGUACCCCGGCGGCUGUCUGCGCAAUUCGGCCUCGCUGAACCGAGUCUGCGUGGCCUUCCAGCACAUCGUGCCGGCCUUCGCGAUCGACCUGCUGACCAACCUGCGCGGUGGCAAGCCCAUCAUGAUGCGCGUCCAGGCGAAGCUCGACAAGGCAGCCAAGUGCCUCGAGUACUUCAGCACGCAGCAGUGGAACUUCCGCGACGACAACGUGAGGCGCCUCAACGAGCAGCUCAGCGACGAGGACCGCCGGACAUUUCCGUUCGACGUCAGGCAGAUCGACUGGCCGUCCUACCUCGAGAACUACAUUCUCGGCAUCCGGCAGUUCAUACUGAAGGAGAGCCCCGAUACACUACCAGCCGCUCGUUCACACAUCACCAGAUUGUACUGGCUGCACAAGGCCGUGCAGCUGGGCACGCUGCUGCUGCUGGUGCGCGUCGUGCUGUCGCACAGUAGCUGGGCGCGCACCGCCUGGUUCUCGCUGCUGUCGUUCGUGCUGCGAAUGUGCCGCAUGAUUGUCUGACGACAGAGCAGCAGCAUCAGCAGCAGCAACGGCGCCAACGCCGCGGUCGGCCUCGGCCCCACCGGCGCCAGCCACCAGCAGAUAUUCCACGGCAGCCGCAGCAGCCUGCAGUCGUGCCGUCGCCGCUCGUCACCGGGGCUCGCUCGCGGCGGCCUGCCUCAACAGCCACGCCGGAAGUGCUGCGCGCUGAGGUUGCGGUUCUUCGCUUGCGUCUCUCCGGGCGUCACCCUCUUCGCGUUCGUCCUGGCAACUUGAGGCGUCACCACUGCUCGAGCACGCACCACCAUCAGCAGCACCAGCAGCAGCAGCAGCAGCAGCAGCAGCAGCAGCAACGUUCACCCGAGAGAGAGACUGCCGGCUGACGCUCUCUCGCUCCGGACCGCGCAUCAUCCUGCUCCCCGCGCCCUCAACGCGGGCAUUAUUAUUAUUACUGUGCUGCGAUUAUUGGGCAAACGGUUCGACGACUCGACACACACCACUUCGUCGGCCGCCAACGACAACCGAACGCCAUCCUCCUCGCCGUCUCCAUGUAUUGGCGACAAAUUUGAAUGACCGCGAGACACAUGCACACACGCGCACACACACACACACACACAUGCGCGCGCGCGCGCACGCACGCACGCGACAGGCAUCGUAUCGGAAAACAUUUAAAAACAAAUAAAUAAAUAAAAAUAAACACGUAAUUUAAACGAAUUGUACCCAAUGUGUGGUAAGAGAUAAACAGUAGCUUCCAGUAACAAAAACACAAUGAAAAACCACAAAAAAAUGUAUGCUUUAAACAAGAGACAAACUGACAAGCUUCGUAGUGCAUUUUUAUAGCGUGUCGACGUUUAAACAAAGAUUGCUAAGGGAAAAACAAACAAACCAAACGCUGUUAAAUACCAUUAAAAUAAUAAAAGACAAAGAGGGAAAGGUCAUUUCGCGUGAUGCAUAAGCAAUUCGAAACUUUCGUUAUUUUAACGCCGCGCGAAACAACAGAACAGAUAAAAUGCAGCUCUGAGGUGGCGCGAGUGAGAGAAAGAGCGAAAGAAAGUGUGAGAGAGAGAGAGAGAGAGCUAGAGGAAUGGAGUGAAAGGUGUAAAAGAAAACUGUAAGUUGACGAUAAUACGAGAGAAGCCAGAUUUUAAUGCUUCCGACACACUUAUGAACACACAAACGCUACACACUCUUACACACACUCACACGUAACGCCGUAUACUUUCAUGUCGACUCGAACAAAAAACCGAGGAAAAAAGAGAUAGGGAGAAAAAAUAAGCUUAGAAAAUAUCAUUGUAUAACGAGGCAGAGGAAUAAUAUGAUCGAGGCGGGCAAAAAUCAUACGUUGCACCAGGUCAAUUUUUUAUAAUGAUGACGCUUGUUGAGUGCGCGUGCGAGACAAUGUGUACACGUACGUCGCGUUGAACAUUGCAUAUAUACACGACAAGAAAAUAAUUUAAAAAAUAAGAGAAGAAAACAUGAAACAAUGCGUGAAUAACACAUUUAAUAAAAAAAAGCGCACGCAGGACGCGACGGUUCAUUAAAGAUAAAAAAACAAAAUAUAAAAAAGCGCGUCGUGCCCCCUCGGGUAUUGUCGGUAUCUGACAUUCUUCUUAUACUUUCACGCCGUGACGUAAGAUACCUAGACGGAUAUUUUUUGCUACGUCCAAUUUAAUAAAACAAAAAAAAACGUGAGAAAGAGAAAGAAAGAGCGAAUGCAGAGGGUUGUGCGAACGUUGUGCCGCGCUUUUACAGGAUUUACGGUUGUUUUGUCCAGAAGUAGUACAUAUAUGGGAGAGCUUUUGUAGAAUGAUUUUUAUCGGCAACGUCACACUAUGGGUUAUCGGGUGGUUGAGUUUAAUUGUUUAAUUCCUUUAGGUGUAUAGAUAAUUCCAAGAAACAUGAAAAUAAUACUUGAGGGAUUGUAGAUUUAAACGAAGUAAAUGAGCGGAGAUGCGGCAUUGUUUUCUUUUUUUUUCAAACCACUGUCUUUGUUUUGUUCGUUUGUAGAACGAGAAUUGAUAUAGCGCCAUUUGCGUUGAAAAAAGAUGCAUAUUAUUUAUAUGCAGGUAUGUAUCGUCUAAUUGGGCUUUAUGGCAGAAUGAAUUACGUAUGUUCCUAGUUCAAAGAUUUUUUAGCAUAUGUUUAUGAUCGUCAAACGCUUCCAAAAGCAUGUAGAAAAUGCUUCUUCGAUUUCGAUUAUUUAUUGCCCGACUAAUCUUCCAUUGAAUUUUUCGUUUGUUAAAAAUCUAUGUAACGUAAUCUUCCUGUCUAUUAUAGAAUAACUUUUUUGAUUUUUGAAUUUUAUUAGAUUUUUAAUUGUAUUGUAAAUAUUUUGAUAAAGAAUAUUCGAACGUCAGUUAUGCUGAUUAUUGUUGAAUUUUUUAAUUAUGCGACGAGAUAAUUUUUCAUUAACAUAUUAUUUAUUUAGUAAUACGUUUGAAACUAAAAUAUUUCACAAAAUAGAUGCUCACGUAACCGAUAUACAGACCCAACAAAUGUGACUUUUUAAACAUGAAAUCGUACCAGCAAUGCAAAGAAAAGCUCAAGCAAGCGUGAAAAAUGGAUGGAAAGUCCAUUUGAUCCGUUUAUAAGAAAAUAUAUUAAGAAUAUAACAGCAUGUGCGUCAAAAAAAAUGGAAAUAAAGCAGCAUAUAUCGCUUACCUCAAAGUAAUGUUGAUAAUCUUUUUUAAUUUUUAUUGCAAAAUACCUCUAUGUAUCUUACAGAACAUUAUUACAUCGCCAUCGAAUAUAAAAUGUUAUUAUCAUCGUCGUUCAUUAUAUUCAUCGUUCUUCAAUUUUGAAGGCAUUGGCAACUUGAUAUAUAUAGUUACUAUAUACGUUAUCGUGCGUCUUCGAACGAGUGUCUCCCAGCCCCCUUCUCAACUAAUUUCUUUGUGUAAUUGUGUACUAAUUCCAGCGGUUGUUCUUAUUACAAAAACGAGUCGGCUAACGAAAACAACAGGAGAAUUUUUCUCCUGUGCUACUUGAAGAUAAAAGCAAAAUAAUAAUUAUUCAAAAAAAUAAGUAACAGUAAAGAAUACAGUAUAAUGAAGUAAAAUGGAAACUAAACAUUUAGCGAUGAUUAGAUAAAAUUGUGUAAAUAUUAUACAAAAUAAAGUGACACCGAUAAACUUGCGAGUUAUUUGAAAUUACGAAUGUCAUGGAAAAUCUUACAAUACUUGAGACACGAUAUGUAAUAAUUGGCUAAUUGGAGCGUGAAUGAACUAAAAGACGGAAAGAGCGGAAAGCCAAGAAAGAAGCAGAAAAAGAGAGAAUGAAUAACACUUUUAUAAUUAUUUGAGAUCGUCACGUCUAAAUAUUUUGUUCGCGAAUCCCAUUUGAUAGUCCGACACUUUUGCUUGUAAAUAAUCUUUCGCUCUACAAGAUGUAAAAUUCUAAAAGCAAAAUGCCAUAAGUGAAUGGUAUACUUUCAUAAAAAUUGCUUAGAAGCUGCAACAUUUUAGCGUAAAAUAUUUUUCAUAUAUUCGUAACAAGAACGGAUUCUCGAAUCGUUGCAAAAUUAAGUUUACUAUAGUUUCUUUUUGUCUUGCGCCGAUCUGUCUGUAAAUGAUCGUGACCUUUUGAAAAUGGUUUCCACGAAAUAUUUAGACGCGUCCAACUACUUCCCAAGUAAUUUACGUUGACCGGGAAGAAAUUGAGAAAACAAUGAAGUGUGAUAAAAAAUAGUGCGCACAUCAUUCCAAUUUUUCACGCAGAGAAAGCGGUGGAAAUAUAUGAGCGAAUUAGGUUGUUCAAUUGAAAGGCGGGCAUCGUUCGUAAAUAGCCUACAUGAAAUUUAGCUCGAUAAUCAGAUAAAGUGUUCAAGCUCGUCCUCCUUCCCUAUUUGUAAGAAUAAGUUUUCAUUUUUUGAUAGCUGUUAAUCAUGAUGCUACAUACUCGCCUUAGUUUAAAUAAAGAUCCGUCACACCAAGUCUAUGAGGAAUUUUAUUAUUGUAUUCCGUAUUCAAAUUCAAUCAUUAAGUAUUAAACAUUUUCAUAGAAAUCGCAAGAAUCUUCUAUAUUAUUUUACGGCCACAUAAAAAGGCUAUUUUAAUAUUUUAAAAUCAGUGCACCUUUUCUUUUUAUUUACGUAUCUGAAAUGAAAAUCUUGACAAUAUCUGGUAUGCAGAUUGGUCCUGAUCACUCUUGCUUUUUUUUUUUAUGAUAAUACGAAGAAGAAUAAAUAUUAUCAAGAUUACAUCAUAUUUAUAAGCUUUACAUCGCUGCAGGCAGACUGUGGGAAAUUUAUAAAAUUAAAAACAGUUGCUUGAUAAAAUCUUAUACGAUACGUGUUCUGCAUUAAUUAAUACUUAUGUCAGUGUAAAUAUGCAGAUGCUUUAAUUUAGAAAUGCCGAUUUCCUAUUUUAAAAUCAUAUUAAAACCAGUGUAAAAUGUAUGUUAUUAAUCCUAAUGAAAUUUGAUGAGCACAGGCUUGGGUCGUUGUGGAAAUCUUGUUGCAAGUACAGACUUGGCCUUUCGACAAAUACACACGGCCGGAGAAAUGUAUUUGUCUUCUUCAUACUAAGACGAAUACAUAGAUGCCAAUUAGCUUGAUGCAAGCAAUUUUACUUUCAGUCGUGUGUAUCAAAGACAAAAUAUUAACCGAUAUGAUUGAGAUUUUCGAAAGGCUUUGCAUAGUAUUCCGCAAAUGAGGCGUAAUUUGUAUAUUUUGUGCCACUCGUUGCCUGUGCCUUUAAGAUGGACAAAACAAAGCACCAAUCAUUUGGUUCUACUUAUGAUUCUUGUUUCAUGUUGACUUUAGCAUUCGCGAACAAAGGGUUAUAAUUGUUUAAGCGUCAAAUAAAUUUAAGUUCAGUGCAUCCCAAAGCCGAUUCUCUGCUCCCACCCCCCGCCCCUUUAAUUGUAAAUCUUUCCUAAGAUAUCUAUUUUACAAUGUGUUGUUCAACGCUGCCAAGAACGUAGUAAAUUAAAAAAUAUAUAUAAAUGAAAAAAAAAGUGAAAUAGACGAGAAUUUGAUGGAUAAUGUAGGUACGCGCAAGCAUUGUAAUGAAUUAAGAAACAAAUUAAAGACUUCGUUAAAGAGAGUAAUGAACGAGAGUAUGAGAGUGUGCGUGAAAAUUAGAUGAAAACAAUAAAAGAAAGUGAAGCGGUAGCGCUAAUUACAAAGGUCACCAGCUAGUCCCGCCUGUAACUUACCCGGUCACCACAAUGCAUACAACAAAAUAAUAUUUAAUAUUAUUAAUUUAAUUAAUAUUAUACUGUACUAUUGCAAGAUACAUUAAAAAGAAAGGAUGAAAAAAAUUCAAAAGACAUUUUAGUUGACGACUCUUUAUUUACAACUCCUCUGGAUUGGUUGUUUCCAAUUAGAAAGUGGAACGAGUCGACGAGGAUACAUUGAAGAUAUCCUUGUGCUUCUUCAAUUUAGGGAAAGAAACUCAUAAGUUCGGCUUGUUUACGUUGCGUUUAAACACAAUUGUUCAACAGCUACACUAAGUCAUUUUUUUUUCUAUUUUUUAAACGAUAUUAUUGCGUAUAAAAUUGAAACCUAUCAUUUCUACUUAUUUUAUUUCACAUGUUAUGAACAUUAUUAUUGUUUCAUUUAAUUUUAAGCUGAUUUUUGUUACAGACCUUGUGUCACAUUAACGUUUUUCUCGAUACAAAGUUUAUGUAAUAUUAUUGUUUGCGUUUUUGCAUUUGUAGUCGUUGGAAAUUAAAUGCCAA